AUGUCCAUGGCAGCUAUUUUUGACAUGGGCUCAGAGAAAUGUUGGGAACAUAAUACUUAUAAGGAACAUAAUAUCUAUCAUAAGGAACAAAAUAUUUAUCAUAAGGAACAUAAUAUUUAUCAUAAGGAACAUAAUAUUUAUCAUAAGGAACAUAAUUAUUAUCAUAAGGAUCAUACUAUCUAUCAUAAGGAACAUAAUAUAUAUCAUAAGAAACAUAAUACUUAUCACCAGGAACAUAAUACCUAUCAUAAGGAACAUAAUACCUAUCAUAGGGAAAAUAAUACCUAUCAUAAGGAACAUAAUAUCUAUCAUAAGGAACAUAAUACCUAUCAUAAGGAACAUAAUACCUAUCAUAAGGAACAUAAUACCUAUCAUAAGGAACAUAAUAUCUAUCAUAAGGAAAAUAAUACCUAUCAUAAGGAACAUAAUAUCUAUCAUAAGGAACAUAAUACCUAUCAUAAGGAACAUAAUACCUAUCAUAAGGAACAUAAUACCUAUCAUAAGGAACAUAAUACCUAUCAUAAGGAACAUAAUAUCUAUCAUAAGGAACAUAAUAUCUAUCAUAAGGAAAAUAAUACCUAUCAUAAGGAACAUAAUAUCUAUCAUAAGGAACAUAAUAUCUAUCAUAAGGAACAUAAUACUUAUCAUAAGGAACAUAAUACCUAUCAUAAGGAACAUAAUAUCUAUCAUAAGGAACAUAAUACCUAUCAUAAGGAACAUAAUAUCUAUCAUAAGGAAAAUAAUACCUAUCAUAAGGAACAUAAUAUUUGUCAUAAGGAAUAUAAUGCUUAUUACAAGGAACAUAAUACCUAUCAUAUAUAUUGGGGCAUUGGGGCCUAUUACAGAAAAUAG